CAAAAUGGGAAAGGAUAAUUUUGGAUCCGACACCAAGUCAGACCGCCCAGCAACCCGAGGCGACACCAGUUACUACUCUGGGAACAAGGACGGGAACAAGACCCAAGAAGGCCAAGGACGACCACCUACCAGUUUUAAUUCCUCCAGUAACAGUAAAGUUAAUUCCGGUUUAGAUAAGAAGGACACCGAAGACAAGGCUUCUGGAACCAAAGAUGCUUCGGGACGCCCAGCUACACGAGGAGAUACAUCUUUUAAUUCCUCUAGUACUGAUAAGGACAAAUCUGAAGACAAGGCUUUUGGGACCAAGGACAGGGAAACCACAGCACGACCAGCCACACGAGGAGAUACGGCUCUGAAUUCCUCUGGUGCUGAUAAGGAUAAUUCCGAUAAGAAGCAGACUGAAGGCAUGCUCUUUGGAAGCAAGGACCGAGAAACCUCAGCACCAUCAGGCACACGAGGAGUUACACCUUUGAAUUCCUCUAUUGCUGAUAAGGAUAAAUCAGGGUCUGACAAGAAGCAGACUGAAGGCAUGCUUUUUGGAGGAAAGGACCGAGAGACCUCAGCACAACCAGCCACACGGGGAGAUACGUCUUUGAAUUCCUCUAGUACUGAUAAGGAUAAAUCUGAGUCCGAUAAGAAGCAGACUGAAGACAAGGCUUUGGGGACCAAGGAGAAAGAAACAGUACGACUAGCCGUUCGAAUAGAUACUGGAGCUGAUAAGAAGCAGACUGAAGACAAGGCUUUUGGGACCAAGGGGAAAGAAACCUCAGCACGACCACCCACACCUGGCGUUGUCAAGGAUAAUUCUGGGUCCGAUAAGAAGCAGACUGAAGAAAAGAUUAUUGGAACCAAGGACCGAGAAACCUCAGGACGCCCAGCCACACGAGGGAAUGUGGGAAAUUCAAAGUCCGACACGGAAGACUCCAAUGACAAGUCGGAGAACAAAGACGUGUCAAAGCGGCCAGCAACCGGCUACACUCCUUCAGGUCUCGGAAAGGACAACUCCGGGUCUGAUUCGAAGGACUCUGAGGACAAGACAGAUAAGAACAAGAACCAGGAUGCUUCGGGCCGCCCCGCCACGAGAGGAAACCAGGGUCUGGGCAAGGACACCAUCGGGACGGACUCGAAGAAGGACGAGAAGACAGACGGGGGCAAGGGCCGCUUCGAGACAAACCAGGGAUCCAACGGCAACAAAACCAGCGGUGGAAUGGACAAAUCUAGCUUCGGCGGAAGAAAGUAGAGACCAGCGUUAUCUAUCCCUCAGAUCUCAGCUCUCUGGCGUCAAGAUAUAGGAAAUGGUUCUCUUUCUGCACUCCUUUGGCACCAAGAAAUGGACAGGAGUUGAUACUGCUCUCUCGACUCAAGGAAGCCAAGGAAUAGAUAGGAUGUGUAUUAUUGUAUUUGCACUCUCUUUACGCCAAGAAGAUGAAAUCAGCUUUUUAUUUAUUUGAUAAAUGAAUAAAUGAAUUACACGGAGCUGACCACAUAAAAAUCAAUAAAGAAAUUCACAGCCUA